CCGGCAUUAUAACGAAUCGGUGAAGUAGGCUAUAAGAGCUAUUUGACAUCGCCAUUCCCACGUGUUCUCUUUCAUCCAGCGGCUGCGGCGCCGGCCCUGACCCAGAUCCUCCGCCCCCAGACUCGACGGGCAGCGUAGCCCCGCAGCCUCCUACUGGUGUCGGAUGCGAGUCUAUCCUUAAGUGAGAAAUCAGGCCUCACUGGAGACAUUCAAGCAAAGGUUGGACAACUACUUUUCCAGAACAGAAAGGAAACUCAUGCAUCAGAAAAGGUGACUAAUAAACGUACCAAAAGAAUAUGGCUGCACAAAUACCAGAAUCUGAUCAGAUAAAACAGUUUAAGGAAUUUCUUGGAACCUACAAUAAACUUACAGAAACCUGCUUUUUGGACUGUGUUAAAGACUUCACAACAAGAGAAGUAAAACCUGAAGAGACCACCUGUUCAGAGCAUUGCUUACAGAAAUAUUUAAAAAUGACUCAACGAAUAUCUAUGAGAUUUCAGGAAUAUCAUAUUCAGCAGAAUGAAGCCCUGGCUGCCAAAGCAGGACUCCUUGGCCAACCACGAUAGAGAAGUCCUAAUGCAUGGACUUUUGAUGAAAGAUUGCCAACACCUGUUGCACUGGAAAUGAGGAUUCACCUGACAGAAUCCCAUGAAAGCACUAGCCACCAUGUUAAACCAUCUGUCAUGACUGUUUGGCAAACGGAAACCACUGGGGAAACAAAAUUGCUAUUUACCAGAAUAAUCAAAAUAGGUCUUAUUGUUCAAUGAAAAUAAUAAGAUGCAACACUUGUCGAGGCCUUAAGAUUCAGCAGCUUGGUCACUUGAUUAGAGAAAUAAACCAUGGUUUCUUCAA